CAUUGAAGCUCAGAUUAAGUGCCGGUAGUAUUGGUUUGCGCCCACUCUACUGCGCUUUUCAACCAUGGCAGACGUACUGAUUAAGGCGUUGAAUAUAGUCAUUCAAGUGUUAGUAUGUUUGAUUCUUGUUACAUUGACAAUCAAAAUAUGGUCUAUGCCGGACAAAGGGAAAACAGACUGUGACUCAGAGGAUUUUUCAUCUGCACACGCUGGAGCUGAGAAACAAGAACAAAUUCAAACAGAAAAAUACAUAACGGAUAUAACAACGAUGAUGACUUCAGAGCAAUUGUUUUUCCUUUUCACCAUAUUUCAAGCUUCGAAAUGGAAUGACGUGGAGACAAGGCUUGAAAUACUUGAGAAACAGAUGAAGGAAGUAUUAGAGAGAGAAGCUCAAACCAAGAGAGAAAAUGAGCAGCAGAACAACGCGUUACACGACAUGAAAACCGUGGUGGACGAGCUCCAAGCCACCGUCAAAAGUCAACAGAGUACCAUUGUCAAGCUGCAAGAUACAGUAAGCGAGCAGGUGGACAGAAUAGAAGAAUUAGAGAUAGAUAUUAGUCGACGACAACCUCCAGAAAUAAAGGUCGCGUUCUCGGCAGUAAAAAGUGCUACACAGUCAGGCAUCGACUCAAAUGAAAACAUUUUAUUUGAGAAAGUCAUUAUUAACCAAGGUAACGGCUUCAAUUCACAAAAUGGCGUAUUUAUUGCCCCUCAGACCGGUAUCUACAUGAUCGUGACCAGCUUGUUUAAAAAAAUAGCUCCAGUUUUCGCUCAAGUUGAAAUCAUUCAUGAUGGCAAUAUAGUGGCAGUGAUGAAUGGGAUCCAGCGGGAACAAUUCAGUCAAACCGUCAUCAUUGCAGUGAAUGCCGGGGAAGAGAUCUAUUUAAGAUGCAGUACUUUUAGCUCGGACUGUUUCUUUGGAGAUCGUUCUUCCACGUUUUCAGGGUUUCUUCUCUGGCAGUUGUAAUGAAUGCCCUCGCCGAACAGUCAUAAUUGCUAACUUCAGACGAUUGAACAUAAAUUGAGAAUGUUCAAAUGUUCCGAAUGUAAAAAUAAUAAAAAAAUAAAACUUCCUAGGAGUCACAAAUAUGUUGAUAAACGCACAUUCUUUAAAUUUAAUUCAUAAUCUGAUGAACACAACCCUCACGUAACAUCGUGCCAACAAGAGUGAUUAACAUUAUGUUCUUUAUACUUUGCUUUACAAUCGUUGUUAAAUAAAUAUAUGGUUUAUUUUUAA